AUGAAGUUCACCAACUACGCUAUCGCUUUGACUGCCGCCGCCUACGCCAGCGCACAGGCCACCACGCAUGAUUCCAACCACACCGCCAACACCACAAGCCACCACUCCACCAACGCAGCCGGUGCGCUAAAUGGCGUCCUACCAUCUGUCGCCGGCGCAGCCAUCGCGGGCGCGCUAGCGUUCUUGGUCUGA